AUGGUCCAAAAGGAACCAGGGAACAUUAGUGAAACUGCAGAAGAAGAGUCAAUUAAUUUUAAUGUUGGUGGCUGGCAUUUCUCAAUUCCCAGAAGUAAAGUUGCUCAGUUUCCUGAGUCUCUGCUGUGGAAAGAAGCCUCUGUACAAGAUCAGUCUGAAAAUCUGAGAUUAUUUGUUGACCAAGAUGGAUUUAUAUUUAGACACCUUCAUUAUUACCUACAGACUUCAAAAUUAUCUUUUUCCAACUGUGCUGAAUUGAAUUUAUUGUAUGAGCAAGCAUUAAUUUUGCAGCUGACACCUUUAUUACAGACUUUAGAUAAUUUGAAUGAAGGGAAACAUAACUUACGUGUCCGGCACGCAGAUAUACCAAUAGCUGAAAGAGCAUCUCUGAAUUACUGGAGAACACAAAAAUGUAUCAGCAAGCCAUCAGAGAUUCCUCUUAAAAGUCCAGCAUUCACAGGAUUACAAGAAAGAGCUCCCCUUGGGCUAAUGGAUACACCAUUACUUGAUACAGAAGAGGAAGUGAAUUACUGUUUUUUGCCACUAGAUUUGGUAGAAAAAUAUCCUGUACUAAUUAAUGAUGACAAUUUGCUGUGGCUUCUUGAGAAUGCAGCUCUGAUUGAGUGUGACUGCAGUGAAUUCCGCUUCAUAGUUAAUUUUCUUCGCUCAGAGGAGAUUUUGUUGCCUGAUGAUUUCUCCAACAUAGAUGUUUUGGAGGAAGAAGUUGUAAUUUUGGGAAUUCCUAAGCUUACAGAUGCUGUGAAAAUCUAUAGAGGUAAUAUAAUGAACAUAACUUGUGAAGGGUCUGCAGAGGGCUCAGAAAGCAAACCGCAGGUGGCAGAGGUACCAGUGAGAGCCCCACUAUACGUCAUGGCGCUUGGUGUUCUGGUCAAAUAUCCAGAUUCAGCACUGGGACAGCUCUAUGUCGGAAGUAAUUUAGACAGAAACAAGCUGUACAUCUCUGGGAAUGGGGUCCUCUUUCAGCACGUUAAGAACUGGUUGGGAACUUCCCGACUCCCACUUACUGAAAAUAUGUCUGAAAUUCAAGAACUCUGUGCUUAUUUGGACAAAAGGGACAUCACAUAUCAGCCAAUGAAAGAUGCUUUAAAAUGCUUUCUUAAACAACAAGUGCCAGCAGAGAGCAGAGAUUAUAAUGCAGACUGGACGGCAGAAGUAUCAGUUUGCUCACUGCGUCAGAUUGUGAAAGUUUAUGUAGGAAGUAGCUGGUAUGAAACUUACUUACAGACUUUAUUGAAGUACCCUGAGCUGCUGUCAAAUGACAAGAAAGUCUAUUGGAUCACAUAUGGUCAAAGUCUUCUAAUCCAUGGAGAUGGACAAAUGUUUCGGCAUGUUCUCAACUUUCUAAGACUUGGCAAAUUAUUUUUGCCAUCUGAAUUUAAAGAAUGGCCUCUAUUUUGUCAAGAAGCAGAGGAGUACCAGAUCCCUUCUCUUUUAGAGGCACUUUAUCAUUGUGAUGCAUACAGAUUAUGGAUCAAAAAACAUGAAUUUCACAAUGAAGCUUCUUUUCCAUGCAGAGGAUUAAGUAUUGUGACUUGGAAUAAGGAGCAUCAGUUCAGCAGAGACUCAGAAGAAGAAUAUUCAUAUACAGCUGUGGACUUCAGUAAAUGCUAUAUUAAUACAUGGAGUAAAAUAAAAGAUCUGAAGGGAAAGCAAGAUACCAAUGGGGAGAAGGCAAAGUAUUCCAGAAUGAUUUCACGGCCUAGAGGGGCGAAGCGAAGGAGUAAACUUGGAGGAUUCCACAAGUCCUCAGACAGCCAGGUAAAUUGCAGCUAUUACAAACAUUCAGUAAGCCCUCCAAGGAAGAGAGGAAUAAGAAGCGGUUUACCACAGAAAUUAGAAAACAAAGACUCAGCAACCCCCAUCCAGAAGUUAAUUUCCCUGGUGAAGGAAUGGGACAUGGUAAACUCCAAGAGAUGUGGUUUCCAACAUGUGACUGUAUCUGAUGGUAAUAUCACAGACCACGUAUCUCAGAAUAACACUCCUGAAAAGCACAGUGGUAUGAAGGGUUCACUUGCUUCUUCUCCUGGGAAAAUAAGCUAUGCAAUAGAAAAAAACAAUAGCAUUAUGAAAUAUGAAGCUGGGGCUGAAGAAAAGUGGCUAUGUUCGUACAUGUUCAAACAAAAUUUGUCAGUUACUCCAUGUUCUGGAAAAUAUCAAUUCAGCACUACAAAGACUACUCACACAAUGGGAAAAACUGCAGAGAAUAGAAACUGGGAGCAAGCAGAAGGAAGUUUCUCCAGUGAAGUAAGAGACAAGCACUUGCAGAUGAAACUCAUCCCUGUAAAAAGUAAAACAAUGGACAAUGAACAAACCAACAUUGUUCUGGAAGAGCACAGACAUGUAGGACUGAUUCUGAAAGUUGAACAUCCUCCAGUUUUAGGCAGUGACGGCUUUUGUACAUGUAAUGAAGAGAGUGUUGUUUAUAGCAUUCUGCUUGAUGAUUCUCAACUGGAUAAUUCAUACACUCAAGUACUAGCCAAAGAUGCAGUUUUUCUAAGUUUUGCCCUCUCACAUGAAGAGAUAUUCUAUGCCAGGAAGUGCCACUGUUUCCUGACAGAUGUUAUCCUGACCUCAGUAAAGCAGAAGGAUCCCAAAGAAAUCACAGCCAAAGUCAUGACUCUUGUGAAUAGGCUUUGGACUCUGCAGAUCACUCCUAAAGACUUUGUUGCAGAUUUACUGAACACAGAGUAUUUUAAAGGUGACAGACAUGUUCACGAAGAGCUACUUAAGUGGGUGGAAUUUACCCUGCCAUUUGCAUGGAAGUACAGUCGUUGCAUUGAUUUAGUGAUACAGCGAGGAUUUGCUAGAUCUGUAUCAUACUUUGCCUUGAAAAUGUAA